CGGCCAGGAAGUGACGCAAUGAAAACAAUAACGCGCAGAGCUUUCUGAAAAGAAAUCAGCGGAACGGUCUCAUUAUGACUUAUUUCAAAGAAUAAACCAAACACCACGUUGUCGCCAGUGCUAGAGCAAGCCGGAGACAUUUGGAAGGCGUCUGUCCAAAGGAAAUUAAUUUAGAUUCGUGUGGUGAUGGCAGCCUCGUUGCCCCAGAAGCCAGGGAUGGCAGGGAUGCCCUCUCAGCAGCAACCCCACCUGCCCCCCAGUGCUGCCUCAGCCCCAGGCCAGCAGCCCAUCCCUCCCCAGGGAGCCCUGAGGGAGAUCUCCCCAGUCUUCCUCUGUCGGAUCGGACAGGAGACCGUGCAGGACAUUGUCACUCGCACCAUGGAGAUCUUCCAGAUCACACGAGCUGCACAGCUUCCUAAUGGCGUGACCCAGAGCCAUGCGAUGUACCAGGACCGCUUUGGGAAGCUCCAGGAACACCUGCGACAGCUCGCCCUGCUGUUCAGAAAGCUCCGGCUUCUGUACGAACGCUGUGUGGAGAUGACCUCUGACCUGCAGGAGGGGCCAGCAGAGAUACUGCCAUAUGUUGGGGAGGAGCUGGUUUCUGUCAAAGUGGAGCCCUGCAGUUCUGCUGUUAACCAGGAGAGAAAAGAGGUUCUAGAGAAGGUACGUCAGAAGAACCAGGAGAUGAAGGUUCUGAUGGAUCAGAUGAGAAACCUUCUGUGGGAUGUCAAUGCCAUGCUGACGCUAAGGAAAUGAUAAUUCCAGUACAUCCCACUUUUUUUUUUUUUUUUAAGAGAGCGAUUCCCUACAGACAUGAGGACUGCAUAAUGGCAAAGACCAGGUGAAAUAAGGGAAUUUAUGUAUGAUUUUGAAUAUGGGACCUUUCACUUAGGUACAUCUCCUUUGUGUUGGCUCUUCACCACUGAAACUCACAGUUCACCCAAGAACUUCUGCUGUUUUAUUAUGUAUUAUAUUGAAAUUGUUGUGGGGGAAACGAUUAAUGAGAUAGGAUGAAAGCUAAAAAAAAGAAAUGUCAACCUGAUACACUCCAGCUCCAAGAAUCUUUGUGUCUUUGUACAAGGCAGCUGACAACCCAGUUUUUGUUUGAAAAGUGUUUUACAAUUAUUUUGUCACUCUUCGUUUAUGUCAAUAAGUUAUGGAAUCCUGUUUUCAUACGGUUUAAAUAAUGAGUGGAAACCUGUAAUGCCUCAGGUAGAGACAAACAAAAAAAAAAAGUUUUCUUUAAACAAGGUAUUCAUGGUGUGUUGCCCCCAGGUGCUGACUCGACACCAGACAGACUUGAAUUCAUUGCAGGUAAUUCUUCCAGAAAGCACAGAAGCUGAUCUUACGACAGUGUUUACAAUAGGAACAAUUGCCCUUUUUUUCUUUUUGCUCUGUCAGUUUUAAAAACACUAUGGGUUUAGAAUUCAAAUUAGCCCCUUGGCAGCUAUGUAUCUCAGGUGCUUUGUUCAUAAGUGUGUGUGUGUGUGCAUGUGCUUAAUGAGAUUAGCUUCCCGAGUGCUAGACAGCACACCUGUUUACCCUGAGGGUGUUGAGACUUGCUUGCCUGUGAAUUUAUUUUUGUAAACUGUGGGACAAAGGGUAGGCCAAUUGGGUCAUUUCUCUUUUGUAUAAAAUAAACUUUUUUUAAACAAAA